AUGGUCGAAACCAGACGCAGCAGCUCUUCCUCUUCCAAGCGCUCUCUUUCUUCCUCCUCUCCCCCCAACAACACCAAAAGAUCCAAGGUGUCAGAGGAUUCCUCAUCAACAACUGUGCCCUCCGUAGCUCCGGUCAACGAAUCUGGACCCGCCAAUGAAUCUGCCGAACCGGAGCUGCGGCCCUCUGAUCUACCCGAUACGGCGUCGUUGAAGGCCGUCGAUGGGUGUGAUGCGAUUUCGCCUGAUAAAUCUCCGUCUACACCUGUUGAGGGGGAGGCUUUGGUGUCCCCUCAGUGUCUAGGUGAAACAGCGGAGAAAUCGAAGGGGGCUGGGGCGGCGGCGGGGGCGACUGUUUCCGCGGUUGGUCGGUCCAAGAAACGCCCUACGAAAUUGAACCCCAAGGUUGCGUGGGCAAAGCUCCUUUCACAGUGUUCUCAGAAUCCUCACGUGCCCAUAAGUGAUCUUAGCUUCACUGUUGGUCAAGGUCGUAAUUGUAAUUUAUGGCUUAAAGAUCCCACUGUUGGUAAUAUGUUGUGCAAGUUGAGCCACAUAGAGCGUGGAGGCUCGUCUGUUGCAUUACUUGAAAUCACAGGGGGUAAAGGUUCUAUUCAAGUUAAUGGCAGAACACAUCGAAAGAAUACCCGUUUGAUUUUAAGUGGAGGAGAUGAGGUGGUCUUUGGUUCGUCUGGCAAGCAUGCUUACAUCUUUCAGCAGCUCACAAAUAACAAUAUUAGUCAUGCCGGUAUACCUUCUUCCGUGAGUAUUUUAGAAGCCCAGAGUGCUCCCAUAAAUGGAGCGCAAGUUGAAGCUAGAUCUGGUGACCCUUCUGCCGUUGCUGGAGCAUCAAUAUUGGCCUCUUUAUCUAAUCUUCAUAAAGACUUAUCUCUCCUUUCAUCUCCUGCUAAAAAUGGAAAGAAUGUGCAACAGAACACUGACAUUUCAUCACUACCUUCUGGCAAUGGGGAUGAUGUGCCUGACAGUGAAAUGAAGGACGCCACCAGUAAAGAUGUACCACCAUCUGGAGUUUUCUCUGCUGACAAAACUGUUCUAGCAUCCUCUAACACUGUUAAUGAAAAUCCCAGCAUUGACGCAACCGAAGACACAACUGUGGAUGCUGAUGUUGGAAAGGUAGCUGCUGCUACAUAUGAAUUGAGGCCAUUACUGCGCAUGCUUGCUGGCUCAUGUCCUGAACUUGAUUUAAGUUGUGGCAUUACUAAGAUAUUGGAAGAGCGAAGGGAAUUAAGAGAACUCCUUAAAGAUGUUGAUACCCCAACAAUAUUGGCUUCAACCAGGCGGCAGGCAUUCAAGGACAGUUUAGAACAGAGAAUUCUCAAAUCUGAGGAUAUUGAUGUCUCUUUUGAAACAUUCCCCUAUUAUCUGAGUGAUACAACAAAGAGUGUUUUGAUCGCCUCUACAUUUAUUCAUUUGAAGUGCAAUGGCUUUGCAAAAUAUGCUUCCGACCUCCCAUCAGUUUCUCCACGAAUAUUGCUAUCUGGUCCUGCAGGUUCGGAAAUAUAUCAGGAGACUUUGUGCAAGGCUCUAGCGAAGCAUUUUGGUGCCAGGCUACUGAUUGUGGAUUCUCUUUCAUUGCCCGGUGGAGCUCCUGCAAAAGAAGUAGAUUCUGCUAAAGAAAGUUCCAGACCUGAAAGGCCAUCUGUGUUUGCCAAGAGAAGUUCCCAGACUGCCACAUUACAUCACAAGAAACCAGCGUCUAGUGUUGACGCUGAAAUUAUAGGUGGAUCCACACUAAGUUCUCAAGCCAUGCUGAAGCAAGAGGUUUCCACUGCAUCGUCUAAAGGGACUACUCUUAAAGAGGGUGAUAGAGUAAAAUUUGUUGGGAACUUUCCUUCUGCCGUCUCGGCACUACCAAAUUAUCCUUCAAGGGGACCAAGCUAUGGCUCCCGGGGUAAAGUUAUGCUUGCUUUUGAAGAUAAUGGGUCUUCAAAAAUUGGGGUUAGGUUUGAUAAAUCAAUUCCAGAUGGCAAUGAUCUUGGAGGCCUUUGUGAAGAUGAUAGAGGGUUCUUUUGUUCAGCAAAUCAUUUACUAAGGGUAGAUGGCUCCGGAGGGGAUGAUACGGACAAAGUUGCAAUAAAUGAUAUCUUCGAGGUUACCUCUAAUCAGAGUAAAAGUGGUCCAUUAGUGUUGUUCAUUAAAGAUAUAGAGAAGACAAUGGUUGGGAACUAUGAAGUUUUGAAAAAUAAAUUCGAAAGCUUGCCACCAAAUGUUGUCGUUAUUGGCUCUCAUACUAUGCUUGACAGUAGAAAGGAGAAGACCCAACCUGGUGGCCUUCUGUUUACCAAGUUUGGGAGCAAUCAGACAGCACUACUCGAUCUUGCCUUCCCGGAUAACUUUAGUAGACUACAUGAUCGGAGCAAAGAAACCCCUAAAGUAAUGAAGCAACUUGGGCGCCUUUUCCCAAACAAAGUGACAAUACAGCUGCCUCAGGAUGAGAGUUUACUCUCCGAUUGGAAGCAACAAUUAGAACGUGACAUUGAAACUAUGAAAGCUCAGUCCAAUAUUGUCAGUGUUCGCACGGUUCUCAACAGGAUUGGAUUGGAUUGCCCUGACCUUGAGACUCUUUGCAUCAAAGAUCAAACCCUAGCUACUGAAAGUGUGGAGAAGAUCGUUGGCUGGGCUAUAAGUUACCAUUUUAUGCAUUCAUCUGAAGCCUCUACCAAAGAUUCUAAGCUUGUGAUAUCUGCAGAAAGCAUAAAUUAUGGGCUUAACAUUCUACAUGGCAUUCAAAAUGAGAACAAAAGCUUGAAAAAAUCACUCAAGGAUGUGGUUACUGAGAAUGAGUUUGAGAAGAAGCUGCUUGCUGAUGUUAUUCCACCAACUGAUAUUGGGGUCACAUUUGAUGAUAUUGGAGCUUUAGAAAAUGUGAAGGACACCUUGAAGGAAUUGGUUAUGCUUCCUCUUCAGAGGCCUGAAUUAUUUUGCAAAGGACAGCUCACAAAGCCUUGCAAGGGAAUAUUGCUUUUUGGCCCCCCUGGAACAGGAAAAACAAUGCUUGCAAAGGCUGUAGCUACUGAAGCUGGAGCAAAUUUCAUUAACAUUUCAAUGUCCAGCAUUACUUCAAAGUGGUUUGGUGAAGGAGAAAAAUAUGUAAAAGCAGUUUUUUCUCUGGCCAGCAAAAUUGCUCCAAGUGUUAUUUUUGUUGAUGAGGUUGAUAGUAUGCUAGGAAGACGUGAAAACCCCAGUGAGCACGAGGCUAUGCGAAAAAUGAAAAAUGAGUUUAUGGUUAAUUGGGAUGGUUUGCGUACUAAAGAUAAAGAGCGGGUACUUGUUCUUGCUGCUACAAACAGGCCUUUUGAUCUUGAUGAGGCUGUUAUUAGGCGGCUUCCAAGACGAUUGAUGGUUAAUUUGCCAGAUGCUCCAAACAGAGAAAAAAUUCUCAGAGUCAUUUUAGCGAAAGAAGAUUUAGCACCUGAUGUUGAUUUUGAAGCAAUGGCUAAUAUGACUGAUGGAUAUUCUGGGAGUGAUCUAAAGAACCUUUGUGUCACAGCAGCUCACUGCCCAAUACGAGAGAUCUUAGAGAAAGAAAAGAAGGAUAAAAGCUUAGCACUAUCUGAGAACAAACCUUUACCUGGAUUGUGUGGCAGCUCCGACAUUCGGCCUUUGAAGAUUGAUGAUUUUAGAUAUGCACAUGAGCAGGUGUGUGCGAGCGUGUCAUCAGAGUCAACAAAUAUGAAUGAACUACUCCAAUGGAAUGAUCUCUACGGAGAAGGAGGAUCAAGAAAAAUGAGAUCAUUGAGCUAUUUCAUGUAAAGGUUUCUCUGUAUAGCAUUUGUUGCUUAGGCUAUUCUUCUAUCACCACCUAAAUGGUGCAACAACAAGGUCAGCAGUGUCCUGUUGAUGUGGAAAUCCCAUCAUUGGUUCUUCUGCCUCUCUAUUGUAUUAUAUCAUCAUAGGUUUUCUUUCUCCUUUCUCCUUUUUCCAACCCUCACCAUCCUCUCCAAAUUUUUUUAUAUAUUAGUAGAAUUUGUUGACGAUUUCACCUGAGAUAAAAGCUUAAUAUAGGUUCUCUCCCUCUUAUUCUUACCCUGUUCGGGCUGUCUGUUUGUACAAUCAUGUUUUUUUCUCUCGUAAAAAUAAAAUAAAAUGAGUUUUAUUUA